AUGGGUUCAAGGAGAUUAAUCAUGGUGAUGGUAAUGUUGGUGGUGAUGAUGAUGAUGGAUACGAGAUGCAUAUGUGCUCAGGAUAUCUCCAGAGGCAGUUUCCCAAAGGGCUUUGUCUUCGGAACUGCUUCUUCUGCUUUUCAGCACGAGGGAGCAGUGAAGGAAGAGGGAAGAGGUCCAACGAUAUGGGACACAUUCUCCCACACUUUUGGUAAAAUCAGUGAUUUCAGCAACGCCGAUGUUGCUGUUGAUCAGUAUCAUCGUUACGAGGAAGAUGUACAACUCAUGAAAAACAUGGGCAUGGACGCUUAUAGAUUUUCCAUUUCAUGGGCACGCAUCUUCCCAAAUGGAGUGGGACAAAUAAACGAAGCCGGAAUCGAUCACUAA